AUGCCCCCGCCGCGCGCGGCGCGCGCGGCGCUCCUGGCCUCCGCGGUGCUCGCGGCAGCGCCGGGGCUGCAGCGGCUUGCGCCCUGGCCGCGCGCCCUGGUGGCGGCGCCGCUGCGAGCACCGCAGGCCGCCCUCGGCUGCCCGGGCGGCGCGGGCGCGGCGCGGCCGCGCGAGCGCGGGGCGCCCGCGCGGCGGGCGCUGUCGGUGGAGAUGGAGGUGCGCCAGCAGCUGCUCGAUGCCGAGGCGCCGGGGGAGGCGUCGGUGGCGGUGUGCGGCGACGUGGGCGCAGAGCCCUCGCCGAGCGGCAGGGGCGCCUUCCUGCUGGACACGGACCGCGGGAAGUGCUUCGUGAAGUGCGGGACGGGCGGCAGCAGUGCCCCGAGGGAGACCCUCGAGUACGAGGCGGAGGGGCUCCGGAGGCUGCGGGCGGCCACGGAGGCCAUGCGGGUGCCGGAGCCCUGGAUGGUGGGAGAGCUGGGCCCGGGGCGGGCCUUCAUCGCCCAGGAGCUGCUGGACCUGCGCGGCAAGCCCGACGCCGACGCCCUGGGCAGGGGCCUUGCCCAGCUGCACGCGGCUCCGCCGCCGGAGGACUGGCGGAGUUUUGGCUUCCCCAUGGACGGCUGUUGCGGGGCGUGCCCGCAGCUCAACAACGAGGCGGGCCGCGACAUGGACUGGGUGGAGUUCUGGCGCGAGUACCGCCUCGGAGAUCAGCUGAGGAUGCUGCGCGAGAGGAAUCCGGCAGACACGGAGGUGCAAGAGCUGGGAGCGGAGCUGAUGGAGAUGCUCCCAGAGCUCUUCGAGCCCAUAGGGGGUGGGGCGAAGGUUCAGCCCUCGCUACUGCACGGUGAUCUCUGGUCCGGCAACAUUGCGGCGCUCAAGGAUGGCAUGCCUGUGAUCAUAGACCCUGCGUGCUAUUACGGGCACUACGAGGCUGACCACGGUAUCAAUUACAUGUUCGGUGGAGGAAGUGCCUUCAACAACAGGGGCUACCAGAGAGAGUUUGAACAGGCACCAGGGUACCCGAGGCGAGCAGUCCUGUACGAGCUGCACCACCACAUGAACCACUACAACAUUUUCGGAAGCGGCUACCGGGGCAGCACCAUCGGCAAGAUGAGAGCGCUGCUGAGAUAG